UGACGGACUCGACGCCUGCCGAGCGGAUGGGGCGGGGGGGCCCGGAGUGCUGGGCAGGGCAGGGCCCCUCCCACCUGGCGGGGGGCGGGAACCGAGGUGUCCGCGGGCGCCCCCAGUGGCUACGGGUCGCGCGCGCGCUUCGUUCUCCACUCACGCGGGGAGCGAGGAUUUCACAGGGGUACGCGAUGCUGGCGACGCUGGCGAGGGUCGCGGCUCUGCGGAGAACCGGCCUUCUCUCCCGCCGGGGCGGCGGGAGGGGGCUGUGGACCGGCCGCCCGCAGUCAGAUACUGACAAUAUGAAGCCAUUGGAGGGUGUAAGAAUUCUGGAUCUAACAAGAGUACUGGCGGGACCUUUUGCUACUAUGAAUUUAGGAGAUCUUGGAGCAGAAGUUAUAAAAGUGGAAAGACCAGGAGCUGGUGAUGAUACACGAACUUGGGGUCCACCUUUUGUGGGGACAGAAAGUACUUAUUUUCUCAGUGUUAACCGAAAUAAAAAAAGUAUAGCUGUUAAUAUCAAGGAUCCAAAAGGGGUGAAAAUCAUCAAAGAGCUUGCAGCUGUUUGUGAUGUAUUUGUGGAAAACUAUGUCCCUGGCAAAUUGUCUGCAAUGGGGCUGGGCUAUGAAGAUAUAGACGUGAUAGCGCCUCACAUAGUCUACUGUUCCAUCACAGGGUAUGGUCAGACAGGUCCACUGUCUCAGCGAGCUGGGUACGAUGCCGUUGCCUCUGCUGUUUCUGGUCUGAUGCACAUCACAGGGCCCGAGGAUGGAGAUCCAGUUCGUCCAGGAGUGGCCAUGACUGAUCUUGCCACUGGCCUUUAUGCAUAUGGAGCCAUUAUGGCUGGAUUGAUACAAAGAUAUAAAACCGGAAAAGGACUGUUCGUUGAUUGUAACCUACUGUCAUCCCAGGUGGCAUGUUUGACUCACGUCGCUGCGAAUUAUCUUAUUGGCCAAGAGGAAGCGCGGCGCUGGGGCACAGCUCACGGAAGUAUUGUUCCUUACCAGGCUUUUAAAACCAAGGAUGGAUAUCUUGUAGUCGGAGCAGGAAAUAACCAACAGUUUGCUACUGUGUGCAAGAUCUUGAAUUUGCCUGAACUGAUUGAUGAUUCCAAGUAUAGAACUAACCACCUUCGGGUACAGAAUAGGAAAGAGCUUAUUAAAAUACUAUCGGCACGGUUUGAAGAAGAAAUGACCAGCAAGUGGUUACACCUCUUUGAAGGCAGUGGAGUCCCGUAUGGCCCAAUUAACAACAUGAAGAAUGUGUUUGCAGAACCCCAGGUGUUGCACAAUGGCCUCGUUGUGGAGAUGAAACAUCCGACUGUGGGGAAGAUAUCAGUCCCAGGCCCAGCUGUGAGAUACAGUGAGUUCAAGAUGUCAGAGGCCGGCCCGCCCCCCCUGCUUGGGCAGCACACGACGCACAUCCUGAAGGAGGUCCUCAGAUACGAUGACAGGGCCGUCACAGAGCUGUUCAGCGCUGGAGUGGUGACCCAACAUGAGAACAGAAAAGGAGGCUUGGAGAAAGCUGGGGUGGAUCCAGGGAGUAGGAUGCCAUCCUCUUGUUCUAGAUGGUUUAACUUGUGUGAGCUCCAUCUCUACUCCCUAAAGAGCUGGCUAUGCAAAGAGGCAACUAUGAGAAGUUGUUCAGUUUGAACGUGAGCAGAAGUGUUAAAGUCUAAGAGCACCGUGGACAUGGUUUCAGACUCUCAAGGGGAUGAUGGUCGUUGACUCCAGGCUUAAGACAACGAUAAAGACUUCCAG